AUGCCUCUAGAUGGAGUAAAGAACAUUGUGCUGGUUCUAUCCGGCAAAGGAGGUGUUGGCAAAUCCUCCGUCACCCUCCAACUCGCCCUCGCGCUCUCUCUCCAAGGCAAAUCCGUCGGCAUCCUCGACAUCGACCUAACAGGCCCUUCAAUCCCAAGACUCGUCGGCUUAGAAGACGCCAAAAUCACUCAAUCACCUAGUGGAUGGCUCCCCGUACCAGUUCACGAUGCCGUAACUACACAACCAGAUACUACAUCAUCAUCAUCAUCUCCUCAACCCCGCGGCUCCCUCCGCUGCAUGUCCCUCGGCUUCCUCCUACGAGACCGCGGCGACGCUGUUAUCUGGCGCGGACCAAAGAAAACUGCCAUGAUUCGCCAAUUUCUAUCAGAUGUAUCGUGGGGUGAAACGGAUUACCUCCUCAUUGAUACCCCGCCAGGAACGAGUGACGAACACAUCGCGCUCGCAGAGCAACUCCUCACUCUAUCCACGACGGACGCCGCCGUCGCCGCGCAGUCGAAUUUGCCUCGCUUGACGGGUGCAGUGCUCGUUACGACUCCACAGGCCGUUGCUACCUCCGAUGUGCGCAAGGAAGCCAAUUUCUGCGUCAAGACUAGUAUCCCCAUUCUCGGGGUUAUCGAGAAUAUGUCCGGAUAUGCUUGCCCGUGCUGUGGCGAGGUGAGCAAUUUGUUCUCCAGUGGGGGUGGAGAAGUCAUGGCGCAGCAAUUGAAUAUUCCCUUCUUGGGCCGUGUGCCUGUCGAUGUGAAAUUCGGAGAGCUUGUGGAAGGCAAGGUGGAGAUUGAGAGUGAUGAUGAAGAUGAGGGCGAGGAGAUGGGGGGACAGGAUGAAGCCCCGGCUGAGCCUGACACGAGGCCUUUGGUGGAAAGAUACCAGGAGGGCUGGUCGUAUCCCCGAUUCGAAGAGUUUGCGAAGACGAUAAUUGGGGGUGUACAGGCCACGGCUGGGGCUUCGUAG